GACUGUGCUGUAAAUGUUCAUAAAAACUGCAAGACAUUACUUCCUGAGUGUACCAGUAGCAAGUCAAAGAGGGAUACAUUUUACAAGCCUGCAGUGUCUUCCCAUGUAUCUUCAUUUUAUCAGCAAGCCUCAUUGAAGGAUCCUCAUCGUAUUGCUAUUGUAGGACUGGAUGGGGCUCAUGCGCAGGGACGAGGGCUCGGAAUGACUGUCACCAAUAGAGGAAAUUCAAGAGUGGAAAUACACGCAACGGCAGGUAGCAGAACCAGUUCCACCACAGCAGAUAUGGAUGAAUUGGACUCAAAUUUUAGCAAACUAAAGUUCUUAACAGAAGACAGUUUGUCUUUGGCCCCAUCAAGUACAGAGUCUUUCUUUGUGGAAGAAGCGAUUUAUGCCUCUGUUAGAUCUGAGUUAGAAGCUGAUGCUGUUGAGCUUGAGACAGAGUCUUGGAGCAGUGCGGUAGAACCUCCAUUUGCCAGAAAACAGAAGAAAGAGGUUAUCAAGAGGCAGGAUGUAAUUUAUGAACUAAUGCAAACAGAAAUGCACCAUGUCAGGACACUUAAAAUCAUGUUGAAAGUGUAUUGUAGAGCACUUAGAGAAGAACUGCACUGGAAUAAAGAAAUCAACCAACUCUUGCCCUGUGUGGAUGAACUUCUGGAGCUGCACGGGCAGUUCUUGACUCGAUUUAAAGAGAGGCGCAAAGAAUCCUUAGAAGAGGGGAGUGAUCGGAACUACUUCAUACAGAAGAUCGGUGAUAUUCUUGUACAACAGUUCUCAGGUGACACUGGGGCAAGGAUGGAGGACAAAUAUGGUGUGUUCUGUAGUCAGCACAACAGAGCAGUUAGUUACUACAAGUUCCUGAUGAGAGAGAAUAAGAAGUUUCAGAACCUCAUGAAGAAAAUAGGCAACUCCUCUAUUGUUAGGCGCCUGGGAGUCCCUGAGUGUAUACUCUUGGUUACACAGAGAAUUACAAAAUAUCCAGUCCUUGUGGAGAGGAUAAUUAAAAACACAGAAGAAGGGACAGAAGACUAUGAAGCGUUGACUCAGGCUCUUACACUCAUAAAGGAAACCAUUACAGAAAUAGACUUGCGUGUUCAUAGGAGUGAGAAAGGUCAACGAUUGGUUGAAAUCAUAGCCAAAAUGGAGCCAAAAUCCUCUGUUAAAUUAAAGAAUGGGAUGACAUUUAGGAAGCAUAACAUGGAGAACCGGCAACUUCUUCACGAUGGCAUGCUUUAUUGGAAGACUGCUUCAGGAAGAUUGAAAGAUAUCUUGGCCGUUUUGUUGACCGAUGUAUUGCUGCUUCUUCAAGAGAAGGAUCAAAAGUAUAUAUUUUCUUCUGUGGAUGCCAAACCUCCUGUUAUUUCAUUACAAAAGCUGAUAGUCCGA